AGAAACGGAAAAUUUCAGCUACGCCCAUUCACAUCUCGUUCAAAAAAUCCAUAAAUACAAAUACAGAGAGAUUGGGAUUGGUACUUUGGUGACUCAUUCAUAUUCUUCCUAUAUCAGAAACAAGUAGUGGUAACCCACUAACUCCAGUUUACUCUUCUAUUUCCUAAUUUUUCUCCUCGAGAAUAUCAAAGCUCUAUUUUUUUUUCCGACAAUUUUGAAGGAAAAUGGCAAUUCAAUUGGAAAAUUUGGUGCAAUCGAUAAAAUCGAAGGUGAGGAAAUUGAAGAAAUCGAAAAAGCCAUAUAUCAAAAUGGACAAAAGCUCCAGUGUGAGGGUGGAGAUUCGCAGCAAAAAAGCUCGCAAGCUCAUCGACAAGACUCUCCAAGCUGCUGAUCAUCCCGGCAAGAGUAGCCUCUCUUAGUACUUGUUGAGAAAUAAUUAAGAGUCAUUUGAAAAAUAAGUUUCUUAGUUUUAUUAAGCUGUAUAUAUAUAAAAUAGAUGUAAUGAGAGAAGUUGUAGAAACGUGGCCGUCCGUUUCUGUGUUCCUCUGACGUCGAUUUCCACUUUCCGAUGGUGCAUAUCGGCGUUCGCAUUGAGGAACCGUUUCGGUCUUUCUUUUAAUUUUAUGUUGAAUCCCUAUUUAAUGAGAAAAAUGGAUUAAAUGUUGGGUCAUUUUUCUUUUA